AUGGCUGCACUCAAAGCAAGAGUCGCUGCAGCGAUCGGAGGUACCAAAGCAAAGGGGGGUCUCAAUGUCGGGUUGCACCCAGUACUUGAGAGCCUCAGCCAGGCAAAGCCUCUGGGCAGAACAAGCGAUGUGAAGCCAUCGGGCAUCCGGUCACAAUUUGAAACCAGCUCAGCGAAUUCGUCUGGCUACAGAACGUCAGAUGCGUCAGGGCGCAAUCGCAACGGCACGCAAUCGAAUCCGUACUUCAACGAGCAACUAGCAGCACAGCCAGCAGGCGGUAAACAACGACAGGCUAGGCCGCUACACUUCCACCCGAAGGGCAAGUUCAUACAGCAAGCCGCCGCGCUGCGGCGGCAGGUUGCCUUGGAGGAAAUGAAGAAACGAAUUGCCGCACAGACCAGGAAGGCCGGUAUUGAGGAUGAAAUGAAUAUGGAGAAAAACCUCGUUGUCGAGGCCCCUCCCGAUAUCGAAUGGUUCGAUGAAGGACUGGUGGAUGGCACAUAUGAAAACAUCGAAGAUGAGUCACGUCUCAAGCUCGACAAGGAAGACACCAUCGUCACUGAGUACAUCCAGCACCCCGUCGCGCUGGAGCCACCACAGGAGAAGAACACGCCGGCCGUGAAGCCGAUGUACCUGACGUCGAAAGAGCAGAAAAAGCUCAGGAGACAGCGAAGAAUGGCGGAGCUCAAGGAACAGCAGGCAAAGAUCAGGCUUGGGUUGGUGCCGGCACCGCCUCCCAAGGUGAAGAAGAGCAAUAUGAUGCGUGUCUAUGCAGAUUCGGCAGUGAAGGACCCGACGGCAGUGGAAAACCUAGUCAACCGGCAAAUUGCGGAACGCCAGCAAAACCACUUGCAGGCCAACGAGGAGCGCAAGCUGACCAAGGAAGAGAAGCACGACAAACUCGCUGCAAACCAGGAGAAGGAUGCCGCCAAGGGUAUCCACGUAUUGGUUUUCAAGAUUAACAGUCUGGCGAACGGCCAGCACCGGUUCAAGAUCCAAAAGAACGCCGAGCAGUACGCCCUUACAGGGAUCUGCGUCAUGCAUCCCAAGAUGAACCUUGUCGUCGCGGAAGGCGGCGAGCACAGCAUACGCAAGUACAAGAAACUCAUGUUGGAUCGUAUCGACUGGACAGAGAACACGCCAUCGCGGGAGGGCAAGACACAGCAACAGGUGCGCGAGUGGCUGGUGGCGGAGAAUGAGAGGGGAGACCUCAAGGACAUGUCGCACAAUGAGUGUAAACUGGUAUUUGAGGGCGAAGAGAAGACGAGGGCGUUCCGCAAGUGGGGGAACAAGGUCUGUGAAUCUGAUGCUGAGGCUAAAGACGCGUUGGCCCGGGCCAAGAUGGAGAAUUUUUGGGCGCUUGCGAAGAGUGUCUGA